AUGUUCAUGAUCAUUCGAGAGCCGUCCGCCGGAGGAGGUGCCGGAGCGAUGAGUGCGCCACAGCAGAAGACACCAAAACAGGUACAGGCCGCCAUCAAGAAGAAGCUGGAGAAGCAGAAGAGGCGAACCAGUGAGCAGGGAGGGGGUGCUGGAGAUGUGCAGAGUGCCACACCUCAGCCUCCUCGCCAUCACAAAUCCGGUCAGACCCCCCAGACGUCAACAGAGGAUGGUGAGGCUUUGGAGGAGACGCUGAAGGAGAUGAUGGAGGGGCCGCAGAGGGGAGAGAGGGAGGAAGAGGAGGUGGAGCCCGUUGACCUGCUGCCCAUAGUGGACUCUGUGUUUGGACAGGACAGAGAGUUGAGACCAGAGGAGAUUGAAGAGCUCCGCGAGGCGUUUGUGGAGUUUGACAGGAACAAAAAAGGCUACAUCCAUAAUAGAGACCUGGGGGAGUGCAUGAGGACCAUGGGAUACAUGCCUACAGAGAUGGAGCUCAUCGAACUGAGCCAGCAGAUCUGUGCAAAAGUGGACUUUGAGGACUUUGUGGAGCUGAUGGGACCUAAGCUGCUGGCAGAGACAGCAGACAUGAUCGGAGUCAAAGAACUACGAGAUGCAUUCAAAGAGUUUGACUCUAACGGUGACGGUCAGAUCAGCUUAUCUGAGUUGCGUGAGGCCAUGAAAAAGCUGAUGGGAGAACAAGUGACCCACAGAGAGAUCAACGAGAUCCUCCGAGAUGUUGAUCUCAAUGGAGACGGUCUGGUGGACUUUGAGGAGUUUGUGCGGAUGAUGUCUCGCUGACCAGUCCAGCUGGCCGCUGAAGGACACACAGACAUUAUGCAACUGCUGGAUUCGUGAACUCUGCAUUGUAGUGAACAUUUUUUAUGUGCCCUUAAAGCUGGAGUA